AUGUACGUGUUCAAUGUCUACUUCACCUGUUUAUUUGUUUUUAUUUUUUCAUAUAAGGAAAUUUCAGCGGAGCAAGACCGAGUGUUUGACCAGUUUCAACGGCCGAAUGUUACAAAUGUAGUUUUGAUUGGUGCCACGGGUGACUUGGCGAAGAAAUAUUUAUGGAAUGGCUUUUUCAAGCUGUUUAGACAGGAAAGGAGAGAAAAAAACACUUUUAGAUUCUACGCUGCCGCUCGUGACGACUUUAACAUUGGUAAAAUGAAGAUUGAUACCAUCUUAGAUGACUGUUUAAAAUGCCCUGCGAACGACUCUAGCUGUGCUGACGAGAAGAGCGCUUUUGUCAGUGUCACGCAAUAUCAUCGUUUAAAAGCGGAAAACGACUACAAGUCUUUGUGCCUUAAGCUCUCAGAAAAUGUGAGCCCAGACGAGAGGGAAGGAGGUCGUUUGUUCUAUUUGUCAGUGCCCCCAUUUGCAUACUCGCAGAUUGCACAGAGAAUCCACUCUUUCUGCCGCCAUGGAGAUAAGCACACCUGGACUCGACUUGUGCUAGAAAAACCUUUCGGCUCGGACUUAAAAUCUGCCCAGGAGCUGGCUAAAAAUCUGUCCAAUUAUUUCAAUGAAAAUGAAAUAUAUCGCAUUGAUCACUAUGUGGGAAAAACAGGAGUGAUGCAGAUCUUGGAUUUUCGCUUUGACAACCGUGAACAGUAUAAAGAUGUUUGGAAUAGAGAUCACAUUGAGAGAGUGGAGAUUGUUUUGAAGGAAAGGAGCGACUGCAAAGGAAGAACAAACUUUUAUGACAGCUACGGUGUCAUCCGUGAUGUCAUGCAAAAUCACAUGACUGAACUCAUUGUCAUGGUUGCUAUGGAGUUACCAAACAGUCUUAGUAAUAAAACAAGCAUUAUGCAAAACAAGCUAAGGCUUUUAAAAGAAAUCAAGCCAAUGAAUAGAUGGAGUGCAGUUACUGGUCAGUAUAAAGAGUACAAUAAGCACUGCCAUCUUGACAAAGGGCAAGAUGAAACAGUCGCCCCUCACAGCCGAAGCAACACACCUACUUUUGCUUCUGUGUCUGUCUUCAUAAAUAAUGCACGCUGGCAUGGUGUGCCUUUUGUGUUGGUGUCUGGAAAGCAGCUUGAUGAGAGAACAGCUUAUGUACGGGUAGUAUUCAAAAGCAAUAUCCAUAAAGUACACUCUGCUUCAAGUAAGGCUGAAAAAUGUGACGUCAGACAGAUUGUGUUCCAUAUUCAAGGAGAGCACAUCCAAAAACCAGCAAUUCUUAUUUCAGGAAUUCUUCCCAAACCUGUAUCUUUUCAGCCACUGAAAGCUCCAGAGAAGAAACCUGUUGUCCUUUUUGGUUGUUCAAUGGAGGAUUUUUAUGCUUUAAAUCAGAAACACUCUGUUGAUGCUUACACAACUCUUAUAUCAGCUGUCUAUCAUGAACAGCAAAACUUAUUUGUUGGAACAGAAGACCUUUUGACUUCCUGGAAAGUCUGGACACAUUUGCUAGAUAGUUUGAACAAUACAAUUCCCCAACAAUAUGUCCCGGAAAACUUGGAGGUGCUAGAAUUUACUACACUGGGUGAACGGCUUGAGUUUUCAUGGAAAAAUGACAAGGGAACUUGUGAUAAUGAUGGAAUCUGUAAGUCAGCUGGGAAGACAAUUGACCAUUACAGACCUGAGUUGUUUAGAAAUAAUCACCUAGAAACUGGAACAUGCUUGAAGGUUAUAAAGAAUCUAGCCAUCAGUAUAACUGAACAUGCCCUUAGAGCUGUUUCAAUGAGUGGAAUAUUUCACUUAGCUUUACCAGGAGGUACCUCUCCUGUAAUGUUGUUUGAAUCUCUGGCUUUCAGUGUCAAGGAAUUUCCAUGGCAACACACCCAUAUAUGGCUAGUGGAUGAACGAUGUGUCCCACCAACCAGCAAGGAUUCAAAUUUUAAUUUGAUUUAUGAGAAACUCUUCAAACAUAUUCCUGUUUCUCCUUUCAAUAUUCACCCAAUGUAUGUCAUGUUGAAGAGUGGAUUAUGUGACGUAAACGACAAUGGUGCUGAACACUAUGAGGCAGAAUUGAGGAGGUCUGUAGCCAACGGCCAGUUAGAUUUUGUGGUUCUCGGUAUUGGCUCAGAUGGACAUACAGCUUCUUUGUUUCCACAUCAGACAGUUCUUAAUAAAACUGACAAAUGGAUCAGUUUAACAGAAACUGGCUAUGACCAUGGGGUAAAUCAGAGAAUGACCAUGACCUUGAGCUUACUUAACAAAGCUAAAACAAUAGCUGUUCUUGUCGUGGGUAAUAAAAAGCAGAAUGUAGUUAAGGAAAUAUCAAGCGGUGAAGUCGAUAUAUGGAAUUACCCGGUAACUGGAAUUCACCCAGAUACAGGAGACAUGACUUGGUAUAUUGAUAAUGAAGCCUUAGGCUUGAAGUAA